AUGUGCAGAGUGUCGGCGCCGAAGAAGAGUAGAGGCGAUGACCUGAAGAGGAGAGCGCACAACGGCAUCGAGAAGAGGCGUAAAGACAAAAUCAAUUACUGGAUCUAUAAGUUGGCGGAUGUGUUGCCAUUCAAAGAGGCGAAACGCGAGUCAAAGAUACGACUUCUGGAGAAUGUGUUUCAAUACGUGAAUCAACUGAAGGAGAAGAACGAGAGUCUCGUGUUUGGCAACAUUAACAGCAUUAACGCCAUCCACGUCGAAGAGAUCCGGUGUUUGACGAAGAGAUGCAAAGAAUUGGAGGAAAAGAAUAUAAAUUACUAUCAAUUGCUGGAAACGGCGGGCAUUCCGGCCACUGGUUUGGCACAAGACAUACAGUUCCAGAGGCCCACCAAGUAUUCAAAGAAGAUCACUGAACAACAGUUGAGUGAGUUCUUGACGGUCAACAAGAGUGUCAACAAGAAGUUGGAUCAACUCAAUGCUAGUAAUAAGCGGACCAAUGAUUUCGGUGAUAGUGUGUCGCAGAACUCGUCCAAACAAAUGAGAUCUGAAUCCAAGAAACGCAAAGACAAUAAGCGAGGACUGGAGGCCAAGAACUAUACGCCGACACCUGUUCUGCCGAAUACAUUGAAUCCGUUGAACCACUCGAGUGUCAUCUCCGGUCAAACGGUGUCCAACUCGGGACCAAUUGUUAUACUCAAUGACCAGAACCUGUCGACAGUGAGCGCCGACGACACCCCGCGACUGAUUGUCACAAACAGUUCCGCCAAUGACUUGAAUAACGCGUUAAAUGCGAUACAAAUUCGUCCGCAAAUGGGUUCACAACAGCUGCAGAUUGUGUCGACCGGUCAGGGAUUGGAUGUGAUUCACGGCAACACUAAUCUCGGGGCGGGUUUACUGUCGGGACUGUCCGGUCAGAUACUACUUAACCUGAACCAACUGAACCAACCGCCGCCUCCACCGCAACCCCAGGCGAGCGCCGUAUUGCUAUCAAACGGACAGCUAUUGCCGAUCAUAACUCAGCCACAGGUCACACAACAGCCCCUAAUCUAUCAACAGCCCAAUCAGAGCUAUGUGUUGGUGCCCACAAACAAUCAAUCGACCAUUUUUGGUGGACAGGCGGCUAGUAUUGCAUCCAAUCUGAACGGUCUGAACGGUUCGUCGUUCAAAAUAAUUCCCAUUUCGACACAAAUCCCCGAAAUCGAGAUCGAAGACCAGAAACCAAAGAUCACUCCCGAGAAGACUGUGACUAAAGCGUUGACCACAACUAUAGAGACGAUUACCAUCUCUGAGAGCACACCCACUCCUCAAUCACACGACUCUAGUGACUCGCCGGACAUCCCGACCACUAUUUCAACGGCCACCACAACCACCACCGAAUCAAUAGUGACUAUCACUAGCCCUAAGACUCCAAUCCUUACUACCGAUACCAAUAGAAAUUUAAACAGUAAUGUCAACUCAAAUGCUGUCAAUCCUCUCACCAAUAGUAACACCAAUUCUCAAAUCAAUGGGAAUACUACCGGUGCUGUUACUCCUAAUAACAUUACCGCUAAUAAUAAUAGUAGUAAUAAUAAUAAUAAUAAUAAUAAUAGUACGAAUACUAAUCAUGAUAAUAAUAUAAAUAAUAGUAUUAGUAGUAAUAAUAAUACCGGUACUGAUAAUAAUAAUCUGAUUAGUCACUCGGCAAUUAAUAUUGGUAUUAAUCAACCACAACAACCACCA